GAUGUAAGGCGAAGGAGGGGAAGCACUGACGGCUGAGGGCUUCCUAUGCAUGGGAGGCACCGGGAACAGAUGGGGGGGUGGGGCUGCUGACAUAUUACUGUGGCUCUCUGGCAAUGCACAUUGGCAAAUUCUGGCUCCUUCUCAGGCUGGCCACCCCUGCAGUAACUCGUAAAGCAUCAGACAGCACCCAGGUGGGCACCUGUUAACAUACAGCCCCAUGCCUGGCUCUUUCGCUAGCCCUUGUGCGGGGCUGAUCCAAUGCAGCAGGGCCCAGGCCGCCCCACCGCAGCUUUACCCCUUGGCCAGCUCCCAGGCACUACCCAGGACUCCGCCAGGCCUACGCCUCUGCGUCAAUCAAGGCAGCGAAGACCAUGACAUCACCAGACGUCAUAUGGAAACACCCCCUUGGCUGGCACGCGCAUUGGCUGCCCAAUGAGUUGGUGCCGGAAUUAGGAAGCCGGGGCGCAGGGAUUUGAGGCGACAGCCCUAGCACCGCCCCCAGGCGGAGGGCGAUGCGAUGAGAGCCAGACUUUCGCUGUGCUUGGUCCUCCUGUUCCGGCCGCUCCGCUGCCUCACGUGACGUCCUCGCGCCGUCGCCUUGGAGACUGGAAGCAGCGGCGCUUUGGACGUUCCGGGCCCACGCGCGCCCGCUAGUAACCGCCGCCAGGGGAUGCGGCCCCCGGCACCAUGCUCUGGAGUAAAGGCAUCAGCGGGCUCGGCGCUGCCGCCGCCGCGGGCACCGGCCGCCUGCGCCAUUGCGGCGCGCGCGGGGAGCGGGACUUAAGCAUCUCUGUGGCAUCAUCUUUACAAACUCACAGUGUCAAGGGGAAAUUUUCCUUAUCGGGGAGUAGAAAGCUAUUCUUUGACACCCAUGCUCUAGUGUGCCUGUUGGAAGAAAAUGGGUUCACUACUCAGCAAUCAGAGAUCAUUGUAUCUGCUUUAGUGAAAAUUAUGAACACCAACAUGGAUGUGAUUUACAAGGACAUGGUCACAAAAGUACAGCAGGAAAUAACGCUUCAGCAAAUAAUGUCUCAUAUUGGUGGUGUGAAAAAGGAUAUGAUUAUAUUAGAAAAGAGUGAAUUUUCAGCACUCCGAGCUGAAAAUGAGAAAAUAAAACUUGAACUCUAUCUGCUAAAGAAGCAAGUAAUGGAUGAAGUUACCAAAGUUCGUGCAGAUAACAAAUUAGGCUUCAAUCUGGAGAAGAGCAGAGUAAAAGAACUGUUAUUUAUCCGGUUUCAACUUCUGCAUUUAAAGUAUUCAAUUAAUGAAAAAAAACUGCUGGAAAUAAGGACAGAAAUAGUGGCAAUGGUUCAGUAUUUACAUGUCUUACUGUAGCACUGGGAUUUUAUCGUCUGUGGAUAUAAUAAAGCAUCUGUUUAAAAGGACUUGUGCCUCUCUUGCCUUAUGAAAAUCAAGGAUGUUUUCUCCAAGCUUCAAGAAUUCAGUCUUCACUUUAAAGCGAGUCGAUACUAUUUUAUUUAUAUUUAUUUUUUAAAAUAAUCUAUAUUGAAAAUGUAACCAAAAUGUGCCUGGGAAUAAAUAUAGAGAGAAGAUUACCUCUGGCACAAACCAGGCAUAGUCUGCACAGCUCUGCCAAUUCCCCUCAAUCUUGACAUGCAACAUCCUUUUCCUAUUGUAAUUUUAGAGCCUAGGUUAAGCAGACUGCAUGUUAUACCAAAUGGUGUAGUGACUGUGUGAUGUGUCAAAGAAUCUACUAGGAAUUAUAUGCCAGACUCUGCCAAGAUAUGCAUGUGCAAUAGCAGCUGUAUGUAUCAGAACAGAAUUUGGUCAUACAUUUAAAAUCUCCAAAUGUAUUUAAUUAGUGACUUUAUGGCAAUUUUGGACCCAGGCCUUUGGAGUGAAACACUGCUGGAUUAAUGCACAGCUCAGACACUUCCUCUUUGUUAAUAAAAUGUAUUCGUAUAUUGUAAAGAAAUAUUUUUUCUGUCUGUUAUACUAAUUUUUACAAUGUUUGCAUCAUGGUUUGUUUUCCAAGUUGCCGUCCAAACAAACAAUUAUGUUUCAUGAAAAAGUGUUGUAUAAUGAAACAGUGUCUCUAAGACCUUUGUGUUUUUUUACGUAGCAUUUUAAGAACUCACAUUUAGGACGCACAAGGUUCUGAAACUCAUAGCACAUGCUAAUUGUAAAUUUUGUACUAAAGCUGGAAUAGAUGUUUGAAGAGCAGUAAGAUCUAAUAGCUGAUAUUAAUCUCUUCUGCAAGCCUAUGUAGAGAUACAAACUGCUCUCUGUCACUGCUUGAUUGAUAGAAGAGAAUUGCUUCUUUUACUCUUGAGGUGAGAAUUAAAGCUGAUUAGUUCUCUUCUAGGGAGGAAAGAGCAAUUGGCUAUCACUUACUAGAGUGACAGCCUUAGGGCUGUGAUCACUAAGGGAAUAUCUGCACUAGCCAUUUUCCCAAAAGUUUCCCCCACUGGUUCUAUGAAUGGUACAGCUCCUCUACUGGUAGCAAUGGUAGGAGCACUAAUGUAGACUAUCCACUGUUUAAUCUUGCACAGAGCAAAGCCAUAUGGAAUGGUAGUUACAAUAUCAAUGCCUUCCCUACAUUAAUGCUUCCACUAAUGGUAGCAAUGAGGGGAAAUUAUAGGGAAAUGGGGCUAAUAUGUCCAGGGUCAACCACCAAAUAGAGCUGCCAGGUCCAGUCACUCAUUACCCUGGGGUCCUGUCUCUCUGCUUAGCUUCUCUUUUUGUUUUUUUCCCUCUCUGUGGGCUGAUGGUAAAGGCUGGCAGAGUACCAUACCAGUUUUGCUCCCUGCUUUGUUUAUUGAAGUCCUGGCAGGCUGGCUAACUUGUGUAUAUCUACCCCAGUAGCCAUUGAACUUCCUUGGCUGUUGAGGCUAUCAUUUGUUAUAUGAAGGCAGAGAGGAGGCCAGAUGGAGGUAGAAAUAUCUUACAAAAGCUAGGACUACCCUGGGCCUAACGGCUAAUGGAUAAUCAUUAAAAAUUUAACUCUAAUAAUAGUAAUCUGAGUUUAAUCACUCUUAAUAAAAAUAACCAUUUGGUCUUUCCUAUUAGUAGUGAUUCUUAAUUUAGUAAACCUUACCCCAGCUGCUAACAGUUAAUUAACAACAUGAAAAAAAAGACUUCUAUAAAACACUGAAAAGGAGAGAACAUUCAAGAGGCAGUGUAAAGGAAGCUAGUAUUACAAAACAACAUCCUCCAAAUUACCAGCAUCUUUUGAAUUGGUUUUGUGUGUGUGGAAAAGCUAUAAUAAUUAUGCAACUCUUAAGGGUUGUGUUAAAGCUAGAUUUUCAUAUUUAUUUAAAAUGUCACUAUUUUAAAGUGUCAGGCAUUAUAAUUUAGGUAAACAUUAGCUGUGACCUACUUCAGUCUUUUAUAUAUAUAAAAAAAUCACUUAGUGGGAACUAUAUAUUCCAGGGUAACAAGAAUAUAUCUUUGGUCACCUGAAUGCCUAAGCAAUUAAUGAAUUGUCAUAUGACUAAAAUAUUAGUGAAUUGUAAAUAAUUUAAUCUGCAUAUUUAAUUUCAGAUGUCGAGUGAAUUUUGCUGAGAAGUGAGAUUAUAGAAGAGGAUCUGAGACUUUUGCAGUGAAAUAAAGCUGCAAGAUUAUAAAUGGUUUUGUUUUGUUUUGUUUUUUUGCUCCAGAAAUGGAUCUUGAAGGAAAAACAGCACUUUCAAUGUUUGCUGUAGACUGGAAUUAAUAAAGUUCACAAAAAGGGGCAACAUAAAAAAUAGGAAACAUUCAGUAUUCCAAGCCUGUAAAGUCUCCAGGUAUGGUGCUCAAGGCCAUGAAAUUUCUAAAUCAGAUAUGUUGUUAGAUGCAGUUUGCUGUGCAUUUAAAAGCCAUUGCAGAUCAGUGAUGAUAGUUUCUGACGUAUUCACACAAGCUGUAAUAUCUUUACCUACACUGGCAUUAAAAAAAAGUGCAAACUCCCUUUCUACAUUUGAAAAGCUCAAAUAAAUCCCUUCCAAUCUGAUCCUUAAAAUCAAAAUCCAGCUUCCUGAUUCAGAUGAGGAGCAAGCACAUCAGUGCCCAUGAAUUAGUUUUUGGAGUGUUAAGAUUUGAUCCAAAGAACAAAUGAUAACUACAAGCGGCAACUGGGAAACCCAACUCCACUGCCAUUAAUUCUCCAUUCCUUAAUUUCUCUAAAAGCCUUUUUCUGUGCACAUGCUACAUAAUGUCUUCAGUAUUAUAGCAUAUUUCUCAUCAGGAUUUGAAAUGGAUUUUCGUAUCAGAUUUCAAAAUUUUGGCUUUGUACUGGUAGACCUCAGUUCAGAAGGUGUGGUUGUCUGGCAUAGCUGCAAGCUGGGUGGGCUUUUGUCUUUCUAUAAAACCACUGCAAUUCUGAAAAUUUCAAGGCAGCCUAAUUUUGUAUCAGUAGGACAGUAUGCUGCUGGGCAGGGAAUGGGAGUUCAAGUUCUGAGUACCUUUAGGCCAGCAUGAAUAGAAAGUUUUGCAGAGGGGAUUGUAUGGGGGGUAGAGGUUGUUUUCUUUGGAUGGGUGGGGGAUUGGGCAGAGAGAGCACUGCAGAAAUACAGGUUGAUCCUAUAAUAAGCCUUGGGGCUCUGGGGAGCAAAUGUGAAUUAAGGAGGACCUCCCACAAAACAAACUUUAAAUGUAAAUAUACUAGUAGGAAGAAGAAACUGAGAUGGGAGUUCUUACAGUUUUUUUUAUUUUGCUUACAUUUGUUUAGUUAAAAUCUGUAACCAAGAAAGGCCUCUUUCCUAGUAAGUUCUAACCUAUUUCUGUUUCCUUACAGUUAAAUUAUCCUACACCUGUCGAUAUUAAAAAUCUUGAUUGUGUCCUUUUUAAAGUGUGGUGUUAAGGGCUUAUGUGCUAAAACCAUGAGUAGAGAAAGAAGAGUUGUUUAAAACUAGAUAUUUUCCUUGCAUUAACUGGAAAUGUUCCUUGAUUGUUCUACACACAUGAUCUGCCUUAAUGUUAAUAUACUGUGUAUCUGCCUUCACAGUGCCAGAAGCAGUCUAUUGCUUUUAACUACAUAUACCUGAAUCCUCUGCUGUAAUUGCUGAAUGUUAUUCUUCUUUCUUUAUCCAUUUUUAUAUACCCUGGCAUAGUUCAUCUGCAUCCUUUUUCCUAUUCUGCCUGUCUGUGUCUAUGCCAGCAAACAGUCUAGCCACUCAAGGUCUUGUCACUAUUACUUCAUCUAUUUGUCUCACUUUUAAAUGAUUUGCUUCUAUUUUAACUGCCUUGGAUCUUGCAAUGUGACCAAAAUAUUAGAAAGAUCAUUAAAACCAUCUAAAAUCAGGAUCAUAUCUCAAACCAAAAGUUUGACAAUACUAAAAAUAUACUAAAAGCUUUAAAGUGUGUUUAUGGUCAGUAAAUGACACUAUAAAAUGACAUUUUCUCUCUUAACAUAUGUACUCACUGAGUGAAAUCCUGGCCCCACUGAAGUCAAUAGCAAAAUUUCUUACUGACUUCAAUGGAGCCAGGAUUUCACUCUACAUGUAUUGCAAGUCAUGUCUGCUUUACCACCAUGGGAAAAAAAGGGAUUUUUUUUUCACUCCUCCUAUCACCUGCAGAGUCGACACAGCACAAUUUUAUUUUUUUCUAUCAGCAUAAUUGUUAGCUGAAUUCCAGUUGCCAAUUUGUUUUACUAGUCACAAUGCAUGGGCAAGACUGAUUUUCACAUCCCAAUGUAAGUUUUCAAGGCUCAAAUAGAGUGAUCCUUUUUGCUUCUAAACUAAGCAAAAAUUCUGUUUGAAAGACACUGAACACGAAACAGCACAAUGCAUACAUAGUCACUUUUCAUGAUUAAGUUCAUAAAAAUAGAUAUACUGAUUUUUUUAAAAAAAUAUACUGGAACAGGAAUUGUAUUUGAAAAAUAAAUCUAUUUCUUGAUCACUUUAUAGUUUCAUAAUGCAUUUUUAAUUUUUUAUUAUAUCUUGUUUUUAGUUGUACAGCUAUUUAUAUUUAUACAGAUUAAAAAAGUACAUUCCAUUUGAGCAAUUGUUACAUCAUCAACUGUUCAUGUUAAGUGCAUAAAUAGAAAACUGACCUUUGCCAUUAAGGAAAUGUCUGGAAUAUUUGGUAUUUUUUAAUCUGAAAUAAAAGCGUAUAUGCCAGCAAAA